GUUGCCCUAUGAACCCCCCUGAGCCUGUCCACAAACACAAAGGAAGGAGAACAAUGCUCAGGAGAAGAGAUGUAGAUGAAGAAGUUGGAUUCAAGAAAGGGAAAGUCUCUAGAAAGGGUUUUAAAAUUACUUGCAGCAUAUGUGGUGCUACAGGCCACAACAAGAGGUUCCAUGGAUCAAAGGGUAACAGGGGGAAUGAAAGACCAGCGAGUACAUCUGACCCUUGUGGGACAGCUAAAAACAUUGAGGAUGCUGAAAAUAACCCUAUGGAUGUAAUUGACCCUCUUGUCCUAGAGGAACAUUAUCAACAGGUUGAUCAAUUAAGGUCAUUCCAAGUUAAUACAAAACAUGGAGCAUAUCAGCAACCUGAAGCAGAUAUUCCAUCACAGGUGCUUAAUGUAUCUCAUGAAGGUUUGUCUAGCACAUCUCAUCAAGGUGUACAUAGCUCAUCACAGGUGAUUGAGACAUCUCAACAGAGUAUGCACAACUCAUCACAGGUUACUAACACAUCUUACCAAGAGCUGCAUAACUCAUUACUAGAAAGGAGGGGGGACAGAGAAAAACUUGUGAUAAGAGGAGGGAAAAAACAAAUCCCAACUGGAGUUAGCCAAAAAUCACUUGACAAGGCCAAAGAACAAGAGAAAAGGGUUGUGGGAAUAGCUAAAAAUAAAAUUACAGCAAGGAAGGCCCCUACACCCUUUAGAAGCCCUAUGUUGAGGCCAAGAAUGAAUGAUAAGCCCUUGGAGGCCAGAGAGAAAGAAGGGGAAGUGGGAAAAAAAAGGAGAAUAUGGAAACCUCCUGGUCUGGGAGCGUCUACUGCAUCUGCACAUGGCAAGACAUCUUGAGUGAUGUUGUUAACCAUUUUGGGGUUUUCUCUCUUUUCUUUUUGUAUUCUGGAAAGAGUAGAAGAUAAUGUUGAUAAAAAAAACAACUGUGGGUUUUAACCAAUUAUGGAUGUAUGUGUUAUGUACAGUUAAAAUAUAUAUGCUACUUUGUAUCA